AGUGCCAAGAUGAGCGUCACCUCGUGGUUCCUGGUGAGCAGCAGCGGCACCCGCCACCGGCUCCCGCGAGAGCUCAUCUUCGUGGGGCGAGACGAGUGUGAGCUCAUGCUGCAGUCCCGCAGCGUGGACAAGCAGCAUGCUGUCAUUAACUACGACCAGGACAGGGACGAGCACUGGGUGAAGGACCUGGGCAGCCUCAAUGGGACUUUCGUGAAUGACGUGCGCAUCCCAGACCAGAGAUACGUCACGCUGAAGCUCAAUGACGUCAUCCGGUUUGGCUACGAUCCCAACAUGUACGUACUGGAGCGUGUGCAGCACCGCGUCCCGGAGGAGGCGCUAAGGCACGAGAAGUACACCAGCCAGCUGCAGGUGAGCGUCAAGACCCCCGCGCCUAAGAGGGCUGAGGCUGUGCCCGAACAGGUGCCCUACUGCGAGGCCUCGACCCCCAGGCCAGAGCGGGGGGACCGGAGACCAGGACCAGAGGCGGCCACCUACCGCACCCCCCUGUAUGGGCAGCCCUCCUGGUGGGGGGAAGAUGAUGGGGGCAGCCUGCCUGAGGACCGGCGCCAGGACGAGCCCUGCCCUGAGCGGCCCAAGGACCUGGCUCAGCAGGACGGCGAUCUCACGGGGACACCGGCCGGCUUCCGGGCCCCCUCGGAGCCUCAGAUUUACUCCUUCCGGCGGGAGCCCAGCUACUUCGAGAUCCCCACCAAGGAGGCGCCCCCCCCGCGGCCUCCAGAGGUGCCGGUGCAUGAGGCGCCCACCAGGGAUGCGGAGCCUAGCGGGGGCGGGGUGGCCCCCGUGCAGAGCCACGCCUGCUUUACCAUCGAGUUUGAUGACUGCAGCCCCGGCAAGCUGAAGAUCAAGGACCGCGUCACCAAGUUCCUGCGCCAGCGGCGGCCCCCAGGCAAGGAGGCCACGCCUGUGGAGGUGGUCUCCGCCGAGACCAAGGUGGCCGACUGGCUGGUGCAGAAUGACCCAAGUCUGCUGCCCCGGGCCGGCCCCGGCGGUGACCGGCACAGCACCAAGAGUGACCUGCCGGUGCACACGCGCACCCUGAAGGGUCACAAGCACGAGGAUGGCACCCAGAGCGACUCGGAGGACCCCCUGGCCAAGGUGGCUGGGGCCCCUGGGGUCCCAGCGGAGGCCAGUGGGGAGCAGGCGCGGCUGCAGAGACAGAUCAAGCGGGACCCCCAGGAGCUGCUGCACAACCAGCAGGCCUUCGUCAUUGAGUUCUUUGAUGAGGACACGCCCCGAAAGAAGCGGUCCCAGUCCUUCACGCACACGCCCCCCGGGGACCCCCGGCCUGACCGGCGCCGUGGCCCUGGGCCAGCCGACAGGGACCGCCCGGCUGCCCCCCCCCCGGCCCGUGGGACCGGCAGCAGUUCGGGGCCGCAGCGGGCCGGCUCGCUCAAGCGGGAGAAGACGGAGGAGCGGCUGGGCAGCCCCUCACCAGCCGCCCGGGCCCCCGCCCGCCCCUUUGGCAGCGUGGGGCGUCGCUCCCGCUUGGCCCAGGACUUCGCGGCCCAAUGUCUGCGGGACAGCUCCCCGGCAGCCCGGCCGGGCCCCGAGAAAGCGCCCCCCACGCUGCCCGUGCCCCUGACGCCCCGUGGGGCCAGUCCCGCAGCCCCCUCACCUCCACCGCCCCCGCCCGCCGACCCCCAGGUGACGAAGGCCCGCAAGCACGAGGAGGACGACAGCCUCAGCGACGCAGGGACCUACACCAUCGAGACGGAAGCGCAGGACCAGGAGGUGGAGGAGGCCCGCAAGAUGAUUGACCAGGUCUUUGGGGUCCUCGAGUCUCCUGAACUCUCCAGAGUGUCCUCGGCCGCCUUCCGCCCAGUCAUUAGAGGGGACAGAGAGGAGCUUGGAGACGGGGCGGCCCAGCGAAUGGCCCUGCUGCAGGAGUUUGCCUCCCGGCCCACGGGCAUGACCCCCCAGGUGGAGCUGCAGGGCCUCGCGGUACCAGGCUCCCCCGGGGGUCAGAAGUGGGUGUCCCGCUGGGCCAGCCUGGCCGACAGCUACUCAGACCCAGGCCUGUCAGAGGACGGCCCCGGGAGCAGAGCCGCGGAGCUGGAGGGGAUCCCGCCGGUGCGGCCACGGCGGCUGCUCCCGCAGCUGCCUAGCGACAGAGCGGACAGCCCCGCUGGCCCUGAGGUGGCCAGGAGGAGUGGUCCCGGGCCCCCGGAGGUGGGCGGCGAACAGGCUGGCCUCCUCUUGGGCCAGGAGGACCUGGAGCCUGACAGCCUCAGUGACGCCAGUGGCUCAGACAGCGGGCGGGGCCCCGAGCCGGGCGGGGGCCCCCAGGAGGAAAGACGCAGGAGUCCCCAGGAAGGGCCGGCGUGGACGAGGGGCCGGCGCUCGCCGAGGGGCCCUGGGGAGCCAGCCCCAGCCUCUUUCUUCAUCAGCAACCUGAGCGCAGAGGCAGCCCUCCCCAGGAAGGCCCCUGCGGCUCCGGGGCAGGUGGAGGGCCCGGGGCGGGCCCAGCCCAGUGCCCCUGCCCCCGACCACGACGGCACGCACGUCAGCACCAGCGGGAGGAUGGCCAUCCAGCUGCAGACGACGGGGACGCCCCCAGAGCUCCAGGGCCCUGCCCCAGCACCCCCCAAGGAGGCCUUGGCAUUCGUCCGGCAGGAAAGCUUCACCAAGGAGCCGGCCAGCGGCCCCGCGGCGCUUGGCCAGCUGCCCCAGAUCCCCAGCCACCCCCUCCUGCAGGACCUGGCUGCGGCCCGGGCCGCACGCGUGGACCUUCACUCUCAGGACACCCACCUGAUCUUAAAGGAGACUGAGACAGCGCUGGCCGCCUUGGAGGCCCGACUGCUCUCCAAGUCCCUGGAGGAGCCAGAGGGGGAGGUGGGCAGCGCCCCUGGGCCGCCGGAGGACUCCUUGUCCGGGGACUCUGACGUGGACACAGCCAGCACUGUCAGCCUGCUCAGUGGCAAGAACGGGCCCAGCCCAACCGGCUCCCAGCCCACGGGGCUGCAGAAGGAGAAGCCGCCAUCCCCGUCAGCAGCACAGGACCUGGGGGGCGUCAGCCUGAGCAGCGCCCGCGAGCGGCUCUCGGAGAAGCAGCGUCGCCCUCUGGGACCAGUGGAUGCGGGCCCCGGAGAGCUGGCAAGACGCCUGGCCGCACGGCGUGGCCAUGGCCCCCGGGGGUCCCCAGACUGGCCUGCCGAGGACCGCGGCUCCAGCCUCGCACACCCGCCCAGCGCUGACACAGUCACUUCUGACCACGAAACCCCUGGGGCCACGGGGGCAGCUCGGCCCGGGACGCGCCGGAAACCCAUGGCCCCACCGCCGCCGACCGCCGCUGCCCGGGAGGAGCAAGGCCGAGGCUCGGCCGGCAUCCAGAAGGCGCAGCAGACACUGACCCGCUCCAACAGCCUGUCCACUCCGCGGGCCACACGGGCCUCCCGGCUGAGGCGGGCCCGGCUGGGGGAUGCCUCGGACACGGAGGCGGCAGAUGGCGAACGGGCCCCCCCGGCCACCCCAGAGCCCACGGGGCGGCCGGCAGCCGAGCAGGCCAAGAAGCUGUCCCGCCUGGACAUCCUGGCCAUGCCCCGGAAGCGGGCCGGCUCCUUCACGGGGCCCAGUGACUCAGAGGCGGCCCCCACCCGCGCCGGCUUCUCGGGCCGCAGCGUCGAGCUGUACGGCCCCGGACGCAAGCCCACCAUGAUGGCCGAGGCUCGGCCAGCUGCCAGGAAGGCUGCCAACACUGCUGCGGUCCCCCGCCAGCCCUUCAGCAGGGCCCGCCCGGGAAGCGCCCGAUACUCGUCACCCAACACGCGCCGCCGGCAGCAGGGCUCCGACUGCACGUCCACCUCCGAGGAGGAGUGCGGCUCCCGCCACGGCUCCCCUAAGCACGCUCGCCCCCACGCCUCAGCAGCUACGCAGACCCCGCGGGCUGGCGGCUCCGGCCGGGCGGGGCCCAGGGCCCCUGGCCUCCGGGACACGGAUGACGAGGAUGAAGAGCCUGAUCCCUACGGUUUCAUUGUGCAGACGGCCGAGAUUGCGGAGAUUGCCAGGCUGAGCCAGACGCUGGUGAAGGACGUGGCCACGCUGGCCCGUGAGAUCCAUGACGUGGCUGGCGAUGGUGACUCUCCAGGCUCCCCGGGGCCCGCCUGCAGCCCCUCCCUCAACAACGUGCCCAGCACCCCUGCCUCCACCAUCUCUGCCCGCGAGGAGCUGGUGCAGCGCAUCCCUGAGGCCAGCCUCAACUUCCAGAAGGUGCCUCCCGGCUCCCUGGGCCCUCGGGACCUGGACCAGAACAUGAACGACCGCUGCGAGGAUGCCCUGGCCAACAAGAUCCGGCCCCGGAACCGCGAGGAGGUGAUCUGUGAUAACCUCAUGCUGAACCCGGUGUCCCAGCUGUCCCAGGCCAUCCGCGAGAACACGGAGCACCUCGCUGAGAAGAUGAAGAUCCUCUUCCAGAAUUCAGGGCGAGCGUGGGAGGACUUGGAGGCCAGGAUCAAUGCCGAGAAUGAGGUGCCCAUCCUGAAGACGUCCAACAAGGAGAUCAGCUCCAUCCUCAAGGAGCUGAGGCGCGUGCAGAAGCAGCUGGAAGUUAUCAAUGCCAUUGUGGACCCCAGCGGGAACCUGGACCUGCUGACCGGAAGCCGCGGCCCUGUGGGCUCGGCCCAGCUCGGGAGAGCCCGGCCCGCCGCCCCAGGCCUGUGUUCGCCCUCCUCGGCCCUGCCGCCCCGGAGCUUCCCACAGCGGACGAGCUGCGGGACCCCUGGCCUCCCCGACACCCCCUUCCGCCCUGACUUCCUCCCGGACGCCGAGAGGUUCCUGAUCUAGGCGGCGGGGCCUCCCCUCCACUCCACCCACCGCUGUGGCCUCCUCCGGCUCGGACAGGUCACCACAAAGACCCCUACACGUGCCAUAACCCCGUGAGUGGGUGCCCAGGCCCCCUCCUCAGCUCCCCCUGCCCCCCCCACCCGCCCUGCUGGCCUCCUGGCCCAGCCCCUGCUGUGGCCGCCGCCAAGGGCCAGCAUCCUGCUGUGUUUCAGCGCCCCUCCAUCCCCGUCGUCGUGUCUUUAGCUUCAAGGAAGGAGUCGUGCCAUCGCAGCCGCGGCCCUCCCCGGCCUGGAAGGGCCCCGUCCCCCUCGUGGGCUGGGGGACGCCUGAUUCCCGCUGGGCCCUCCGUGCUGGCCAGGACCAGCUGGGGGCGGAGGGGCUGGGCAGUGCGGGCUCUCAGUGCCAAACACAGGGCCAGGGGCCAGGCGUGCCCCGUGAUGCCCUGGCUCUCUGAGUGGGCAGAGUGCGGGCUGGGCUGGGCAGACGCCAGUGGCCCAGGCAGGGGUGCAGCCCAGGGGACAUCUGGGGCAGGGACCCCGCUGCUGCGAGCCUUUGGUGCCAACACAACUGCCAGACUCAGUGUGCCGGCCAGGCGGCCACGUACAGACACGCACAUGCCAGGAGCAUGUCCACGCUCACGGCAGGCCCAGGCUCGCCCAGGGAGGGCGGCCGGCCGUGCCCCAGGCUCCCGGGGCUCAGGCAGACCACCCGGUGAGGCGAACAGUUGACCAAAGUGGCCAGAACCCCGGGCUUCCAGAAGCUCCCUGGACUGCACGCCACCCCCACCCCCCGUCCUCUGGACACUGUGGGCAUUAACUGGGUGCCCCUCAGGCCUCCAUGCACUGUGGGGUGGGGGGUGGGUGGGUGGGGGCAGCCCCCCAGGAACCGUUCAUUUCUCAGGAUCCUCUCAGCUGGGAACGAGCCAGGCAGCAGAGCGCGGCCCCUCCUUCCUGGGGGGCUGGUGUGUCUGGAGCCUCUAAGCCAAAGAGCCCGUUGGCUGUGGCGGGUGGGCAUGCGGCCGCCCCGCCAGGACCAUCCUGGAGAGGGGGUGUGCCCGCCCCGCCUGGCGUGUGCACUAAUGUCGAAGGCGAGCAGGGGUGGGGGUGCUGGGGGCGGGUCCCUGAGGCGGGGCCCCAGGCCAGCGCGUGCAGGUCUGGGCCGCAGGGGGUGAUGCGUGUCUGUGUUUCCGUCUCGCUGACGUGGCGCCCAGUGCCCAGGCCCUGUGCCCUUCCCCGACGCGCACGUGUGUGAGUGCAGUGGGGCCCCCGCCGGCCCCGCCGCGAGCCUGCUGUGUCCGCACGGAGGAGGUGCUAGUCCUGGUGCCCCCCGCCCCGCAUGCCCACACGGCUGUCCCCCCGGAAGCGGGCAGUGGCCGUCCGCCGCCCCCCCCCGUGGUGACCACAGUGUUUCUGUCACGGCCCAUGCUCCUCUCCCCUCCCGCCUUCACCCUGGGAUCAGUAACUUAUUUGUCUGGCUUCUCGGAGGCACC